ACAGUUAAAGCAGAAUCAGCUAAAGAUAAAGAAGUUGAAGAAUCAAAUGGAAAACUACAAGUCCAAGUUUACUCAGCAGAACUCGAAAGAAUACAGUUUCAAUCCCAGAUUGCUCUCCUAGAGCAGAGACCUGAGAGCAGUAAACCAACACAGGUGGAGGAUCAAGCUAGUCUUACAGGUGGAAACCUGUUACAGGAUAUGAUGGACAACUUCAGAGAACUAGCUGAGACUCAUUUACAAUGUGUUGUCUGUUCGGAACUGUUCGUAGAUGCAGUGAGUAUUAACUGUGGACAUACCUUUUGUGACUACUGUAUCAGUAAGUGGAGGAAGCAGAAGAAUAACUGUCCGGUGUGUAGAACCAAUAUUAGAGCAGCUAACCCCAUCAAGGUCCUGGAUGAAUACUCAGAUAAAAUAUUUGAGCAAUUUGUUUUGGAAGGAGCUAAGAAAAGCCGAGCAACCCUGAAGGAGGAGAGGGCCAAGCUUAAAGCUAAGUCUGUAGGAUCAAGGAACAACAGGACGGUUUUCUCCGAUACUAGCUCCGGCUCCUCAAGCAGCAGCAGUAGUACAUCAGCUGAGGGGUCAGCUUCAGAUUCAGACUAA